ACCGCCGCUAGCGACGUCCCCGGCUUCAGGCAGUUACUCCGCACCAUUGCCGUCUGCAAGACCUUACAGCACAUCGACCUUCCACUUUUCCCUGUGGCCUGCGAUUUGCAAUCAAUGUCGACUGUUCUACACGCCAACCAUUCCGUCUCCAGCAUAGACCUGGAUAUUCCUCUCCGGUGCAAGUCCAUGCCCGUCCACGAGAUCAACAUGGCAGUGUCGAGGAUCCUGUCCAGUGACAGUCUCAGGAAAGUCCGGCUUAGCAUGUUCGGCUCCUCUCGUCAGAAGCACGACCGCCCGCCGAGUUUCUCCGAAGAUGACCUUCGUACUCUCAAGUUGGGCGCCUUUCUGUCGUCCCUCUCUCUCACCGGGAAUACUUCCGCCGCCCUUUUCUUGCAUCUCAUUUCAGUCGAUGUUGGGAAACACAAGAAUCUCGCUGCCUUGAGUCUUAACAUCAGCGAGUCUGAGAAAGACCCGCUUUGCUCAAGCCUUCUCUCGUCUUCGCUGGAAACCAUCUUCAAACAAAGGGGCACGGUUAACAAACUCCUGUUGAGCUAUGGAUCAGCCUCCCUCGUUGUUCCUACGAUUCUGCGCACGACUGCCAUCAAGUACUUGAUUCUCGACGUCUCCAAAUUUCCGGAUCAGGACCUUUGUGACGUCAUAUCCGCGUUGAACCGGUCCAAGUCUAUGGAAUUCGUGGUGCUCUUCAGUGAGGUGGCGGCCUCUCAGGUUUAUGCUAAUGCAGGGAAACUGUUACAAAAGGGACCCAUUAAGGCUGUCGGACUGCUGUCCAGAUUCCCCCACUCCUGUCAGUCACCCUCUCACAAACCUGGCGUCAAACGGAUGACUCUCAUUGCGAGUGACCAGUACGUCCCGACAAGCACCAAGGGAGCGAAAAUGCUGCAGAUUGCAUUUGAGGAGUGGUUUGAUGAGGUAACCCGUGCGGACAUGAUGGCCCAGGGUGACGUCAUCACGGCUGCUCUGGACACGUUAAAGUUCCAGACCUGUCCCAAACUGGCCUCCAUUGGAUGGAACCAUUUCGAGGUUUGGUACAAAGCGUAAUAAAAAAAGAGUUAAGCAUUGUACCAUUCAGGAUCAUUCGAGUGAAUAUUUUCCUGACGAUGUAAGAAGGAUCACGGUUCUAAGAACGCAUGCGCAGCGAUAGAAUUUUUGGUAAGGUUAAUGUCAAAGCCUGAGGGCCCCUGUGACAUGAAUAAUUCACGUCCUACGUUACGCAAAUCGAACGACGGAGUCUGGACAUGUACAAAACAAGAACUGUUUACAAUAUAGGGCAUUCAACUUUGACAUAUGACCCAUAAUACGUGUUGCUGCACAUGCGUACCGAGAGCCAUGAACUAGUAUGUAUGACAGUUGUCAGUAGGACAAAAAUACCUGCUGUAGAUAUGGAAAUGUACAUGGUCAUGAGUGUUGUGAUAUCAAUCUGAGCGUAGACUUAAGGAAACUGUAGUAUUUAUAAAAAGACAGAGAGUUCAAUCGUAUGUCUCUAGAUUUCCGCAUACAUGGAGCCUAGCCUAUUUGUACGGCUCUCAAGAAUGUAGUUUGUACAUUUCAUUCCUUUUUUUCGAUAUCGACAAGAACUCACAUUAGCAACAUGGGCUGGAUUCUUUUAAAAUUCUGUAGAUUCUUUCAAAUUUGUCUUUUCCGUAUAUCAAUUUGUUUUAUGUAACAAAGUAUGUAGUUUUCAAAUGUGACCUACGCAUUUGUCAAUCACUUCAAUCAAUUUCUUUUCUAAUAUUCUAUUGACGUUGAUUUAAACAAAAUUAUAGCUAUUGACCGUUUCUAACUGAGAAUUGUGUAAUAGGGUGUCAUAGACAUGGAAAUGUAUUGUAUGGAAAUGAGUAUAUACAACUGUCCUAGAUUCACGGGUAUAAUGACAUUCACACGUGUUGACUGAUCGAGAAAAAACAGCGAUAGGAAGAUACUUAUCGCCAGAGCCAGAGCAUCGCGAUCUCAUACCUCAUUAAUUAAAAUCACCGUAAAUGUCUAUAGAUUAGGAUGUAUGUGAUGACAUAUCACGUGUUUCUGCAUAGAACUACAUUGUACUAGGAUGGGUGUGCUCUGUGUUUUAGGAACUCGGUGAUGAGAUGUUUCAGGACAAACAUUAUGGCUGGUCAAAUUCUUGGAUGUUGGAAAUGUAACUCGACACGAAGUUCAAUCAUUGCUGCACGUGUGAUAAUUGUGAUUUUGUGGUGCCACAAUCGGAUCGUAUAUUGCUGCAGUACAGCUCUACUUCUUCUACCUUUUAUGAUGUCGUUCAAGACACCGCCAACACUGCAACUGUACAGCUAGCAGGUAAUGCGUGGUGCAAUCACUUGGUUAAAUAACUGAGCGUGAUCAUUGUAGGCUGAGUCUUUUAUAUCGUCUUGUAAUUUACGAAAUACAGGAUAUGAAAUUGUACUAAGCGCCUUAUUUUGAAAAGCCCGUAUAGAAACGAAUUUCAGAUAUUUGUAAAAUAAAUUUAGAUACAUGCAGCGAUGGUAAACACAUAUCUUGUAAGUGUUUAGGUACGUUUACGACAUGCCUGUGUACGUUUGCUAUUGGUUGUGGAUAAGCAGUAGUGUGUAUAAUAG